AUGUAUACACAAUCACUUUUCUCUUUGGCGCUUCUUGCCUCCGGUGUCACUGCUCAGAUGUCAUUAUCCCAAGCUAUCGCAGCUAAUAAUGGAACUCUUUCGACCCUUUCCAUGCUCCUUGGGCAACAACCCGCACUUGCGGGUGCUCUCUCCAACACCUCAUCAGGAAUUACAGUACUAGCACCAUCUAACGCCGCCUUUGCUAAAUUCCUUGCAAUGCCCGCAAACAAGGCUGCAGUUGGGCAAAGCGAUAUGGUCGCUGCAGUUCUUCAAUAUCAUGUCUUGAAUGGUACAUUUCCAGCCAGCAAAUUCACAAACGAGGCACAGUUCGUACCGACGCUUUUGACAAAUGAGAGUUACACACAAGUUACGGGUGGACAAGUCGUACAGGUGGCUUUGAAUGGUUCAAAUGCCGUUAUUACGACUGGAUUGAAAGAGACAAGCACUACAACACAGACUGAUAUUAUGUUCAAUGGAGGUGUGAUGCACAUCAUCGAUACGGUCCUCACCAUCCCUCUCUCUCCAGCCAUGUCAGCUAUCGACUCGAACCUUUUGUCUCUUGCAGGUGCCCUCACAAAGGCAUCUCUAGUAGAUCCCGUCAACUCCCUCAACGACGUUACUAUUUUCGCUCCCUCCAAUGAUGCGUUUGAGAAAAUAGGAGACACGGCUGCUGCUCUUCCCACCGAACAACUAAGUCAAAUUCUCCAAUAUCAUGUUCUUAAUGGUACCGUCGGUUACUCCACUCUUCUCACCACUGGUCUAGCCAACGAAUCUUUCCCUACCCUCAUGGGCGAAUCUCUUACCGUCACCUCCGAAAACUCUAAAGUAUUCAUCAACAGUGCCCAAGUAGUCACCACUGACAUUAUUGUUUCCAAUGGUGUCAUGCACGUAAUCGACAAUGUCCUCAACCCCUCCAAUGAAACUGUUGUUGAGAACCCUACUGCAGCUUCUCAACCUGUUGCAUUUGAAGGGGCGACUAGUGCGGCCAGUCCGCCGUUCACCAGCGGGAUUAUGGCGACAACUACAGCACCUAGUGCUGCUAUGGAUACGAGUAUCAAGACAGGGGCUGGAGAUAAAAUGGCGAAUGGAGAACGCUUGGGAGGUGCAGUAGCCGCGGUAAUGGGUGCGGCUAUGUUGAUUUUGUAG